AUGGGCAAACCGUCCAUCAAGGGCCUCAGCAGCUAUAACCGAUGGUCCCCGCUAGCCAAUCUGGCAGAGGAAGAAGAUCAAUUGGACCGGCUCAGUAAUUUGCCUGAUGGCGUGUUGCUCGAUAUUGUAGGGCGACUUGACAUCACAGAUGCUGCCACAACCAGAAUCCUCGCCAGACGGUGGAAGGAGAUCCCUACUAUGCUCCCCAAAAUUUUAUUAACAGUUGGUCCCUUUGAUGAUGUGCGCAAUAGAGGGUUGACCUGUGAUGAUGUUGCUCGGGCCAAUGCCACCGUGCUUGGAGCGACCAGGAGCAUGCUGGAAAGCAGGACUACAAGUCUAUGCACCAUUAACCUCCUGUGUGUGCGAUUCUUCUUGGGCGAUGGAACUCUCAGUAUUGGCCAGACUGUUGCCAACACCAUGGUAACGGAGAAGGUUGGGUCAGCGAGAGUUAACUCUCUACACAAUGAUGUUCUCACUUACGGGAAACAGUUCAAGUCAUUUCUUGAUGCCUGUCCAAACGCAUUCAGUGGUCUUGCACGACUCCAGCUAGAAAAUCUGAGGCUAGGUGAAUCAUCGGGCAUCCCUGAAAUUUUCAGUAUAUGCAAGCGACUAGAGUUCCUACGCCUGUUUAACUGCGACAUGGGGUUCCUGUCUUUGCUAGAAGUGUCACACCCACUGCUCCGUGAACUCGAGCUUGUCAGGUGUAAUUUUGAGAGGGUUGAUCUUAAGUGGCUGCCAAAGCUAACAGUGCUGACUUUUUCUUGGUGGGUCAGUGAGCAUGAUCCUUUGUCUUUAGAUUAUGUCCCACUGCUCCAGACACUGAGCAUCACUCAUAUGGCUCGUUUACGGCAUAAGGUGCUCAAGUUAAGUGAGUUCCUUGGCAAAACCACCAUAAGCCACCUGAAUUUGAACUUUCUGUGUGAAAAGAUCUGGGUUAAACCAGAAGAACCAAAUCAAUUGUGGCAGGUGUUCCACAAAUUAAGGCAUGUGACUUUGACCCACAUUUCUGAAGAAUGUGAUCUGACUUGGACGAUGUUCAUUCUCCAAGGUGCACCAUCUCUUCAGGAGCUAUGCAUCAAGGUGUGGGACCAUCUAUGUGAGAUGACAGUGGAUGAGCAAGAGAGGGUUAAGUAUGGGCUUAGCAACGAGCCGAAGGAUGCGCACAUACUAUGGAGAGCACCUGCAUCUGAUUUCAAGCACCGCAAUUUGUCUGUGCUCAGGGUCUUUGGGUUUCAGUGGGAGGCGAAGGUUGUGAAUUGCGUCGAACGUGUCAUGAAAGCAUCGGCCGCCCUGGAGGACAUAUACUUGUAUGAGAAGCCUGCGUGCGAGCACUGUAAGCACACGGCAUGGAAGCGCAUAUUUCUGCGGAGAAACUGUCAGCGGGCCACGCCUGCGAACAUAUUGGACAUGGGGAUCAGCUUGCGUGUAAGGGUUCAUUUGCCGGGUUUGCAUUACUUUGGCUGAAUUCGUGUAUGUCAUCUGAGAAGGGCUGGCCAAGAGUAUAGACCUGGACAGUUUGUGUUUGCUGUGUAGCUCCUAUGUUAUCAAAGUCUGUUUUAUUUGGCAGUCGAGAAAUGCCCUGCACACUCUUUUUAUAUGGUCAACUGGAACUUGUAUUGCCACUAGUCUCAA